UCCCACUCUGGACUUUGCAAAAGAUUGCAUGCAUGAUGCAUCCUCCUCGUUGGACCCUCUGUACAUACAGACGCACACGCACGCUUCCAAAGCCGGCCUCCUUCCCUUUUGCAAGCUAGUGAUCUCUGGCUCCUCUUCUUCCUAUAUAUACACAGACACACACACAAGCCUUGGCCACUGGACAUAGACAGCCUUAACCGGUUGCUACAUUACAUAGAAGUGAGCGGUGAGAUCAUUGGGGGCCAAGUGCUUUGUGCAACCAUGAUCAAGCUGAGGUACUCCAAGAGGCUGUUCAAGAGGAGCUCAUCGAGGGCGAGUGCUUGCUUCGGCGGCGGCCAUGGCAGUGUGGCCGGCGGUGGCGGUGGCGGUGGCGGUGAGGAGAUAGAGUGGGAGGUGAGGCCGGGAGGGAUGCUGGUGCAGAAGAGAGAUGGAGGGCGGGCGGAGGAGGUGAUCGUGGUGAGGGUGUCCACUGGAUUCUCUUGGCAUGAUGUCUCCAUCGGGGCUACCUGCACUUUUGGGGAACUGAAGGUGAUGCUGUCCAUGGCGACAGGGCUGGAGCCGAGGGAGCAGAGACUGUUGUUCAGGGGCAAAGAGAGGGAGGACACUGAGCACCUCCACAUGGUUGGGGUGAGGGACAAGGACAAGGUCCUGCUCCUCGAGGACCCGGCCCUCAAGGACAUGAAGCUUCGGGCCGCCGCGAGGACGGCGGCGGCCCGUCGGGUAGUGCAGAGCCCAUGCCAUCCUUUUAUUCAGGUGUAGGCGCACGGUGCGAUAUGUUGCAAGUCCUAACUGUUGUAGUAGAGUACGAAUGGUGUUUCUAUUUUCAUUGUCGAACGCCAAUUUCCGGAAAGUUUAUUAAUUUCCCGAAUGGCCUGAGCGGGGUCUUCUUGGCUCCCUUGCUUUGCUUAGCGCUCCAUGGAAGGGCAAAUUUAUCAAGGGCCCCUCUAGAUGAGAGUGCGAGAGAUUUCCUAAUCAUGUUAGUUACUAGUAGUUGCAAGUGUCAGCCAUGGUGGUUGUGAUGUGAUGUUAAGCCUGAUAUGUUGGGCUCAUGCUGUCCCUACCGCACAUGGUCUUUUUUUCCCCAUUCCUUCCAUAGGUUUUGGAUCGGAAUUGGACUAAGAUUGUACUAUGUGAUUAUGUGUCUUGUGUUAUCAUGAAUGGAUGGAACUAAAUGUGUGUGUUCUGCCCUCU